AACAAUUAUCCUGUCUCCAAGUACCUAUGGUUGGUAAUGGCUUUUUCACAAAACAAGCUUUUCUUGUAUUCCGACGGAAGUUAUGCCCUUUCUUCUCUUUUACUUUGGCCAAGAUGUUGUUUGUCCCGCUUAAAACUUCUUAUUGCCGUCACCAAUCCUUCUUCCAACUUUUGAUAUGUUCUUAUUAUUUUAUCUGCUUCUAGUUUUAGUACUUCCGUAUAAUGGAAAUGCCUAUACUCAGUCAGCACCAAGCGUGGGACAAGUGUGUUCUGAUGGAUGUCAUGUCUGUUUUGUAAAUGAAUAUCACGUACAUAUUAAGUUACCCAUUCAAAAAACCGGAGUAUGCGACACCACAGGAAAAACACUCCACAACGGCGACUUUGUUUGCAUGUAUGGUUACAAUAUGAGACCUAAGAUGUAUUUAGUACACGAAAACAUAACAACAGCAGAUGGAUGUAACUCUUGUCUCUGUACAACACGUGGUGCUCUUUGUACAAAGGUCACUUGUGAUAAUACUGGAUUUGCUAAACCAAGUGAUGAACCACUCUACGGAGAGUGUAACGACAAUGGAAGAUGGUACAAGUUCAAAGCAUUGUGGGAGGCAGAUGACGGAUGCAACACUUGUACAUGUGUUGGUAUAGGGAAUUAUCAAGGACCUUUUAUUUGUACACAAGGACUGUGUAUCAACAAAGAAUCUCCAGUUGUUGGUUAAGAAUAAAAUAAAUAAAAUGAAAACAGAAAUAAUAAUGAAAUGUCGUAAACAGAAAUAAAAUAUUGAAAAAUGGUGUAUUUACCUCUAGAAAAGAAAGACAGAAAACAGAAAGUGUUACAGGCGUGAUAUACUAACUGCUUCACUUAA